AUGGCAGCCUUAAGAAAGGCAUCACCGCCAGCAGUGCAUCUCGGCGACACCCCGUCUACACCUGCUCGCGACGCUCGGACGCCACCUCGGUCUCCCGCGACCUCGAACACCCAGCAAUACCUCCGCCCCUCCCACCCCUCUUCUCCCGCAUCUACGACUUACUCUUCCAUCUCGGACCACGACUACGCGUACACCUCGCAGGUGUCCCAAGCGGAGCACCUCGUAUCGCCCGUCACGACGCGGGAUAACCAUGGGCAGGCACAGCCGCGCCCGGCAUUGAUCUCGCACGCGCGCAGAGGGAGCGCGAGCUCUGGGCGGUUGUUGCAUCUGGGGUCGGUACAUGAUCUGGGGGAUGGGCGGGGGAGUCUUGUGAUAGGGCAGAGCAGAACGGGGACUGAGCAAGGCUCGGCAAGGUCAUCUUUCGCACCGGAGGUUCCCCAGAAGGAUCGCCGCGGUUUGGACGCGCCCUCCCAUCCGCGACCAUACCUACAGCUGGCUCCGUCCUCAUCGACCGCACCGCCGAGUCGGGACUCGAUCGUCUCUCUCUCCCCUACGGGCCUCGCGAGCCUCCCCUUCCCUUCGCCCCCUGCUCGAGCGGUAUACUCCCCUUCACCGUCCACGCGGUCCCAAUCAAAAGGCCAAAGCCCAUCUGGCGGAAAGGGACCCUACCACGCUCACUCCCCACCCCCUCUUGCUCCAAACUCCGUCCCUACCUCUCCGUCCAUCUACGCGCCUCACACACCCCGCAAUUGGCUUCCACGCUCCCCAGCACCGUCCCUGCCCCUCUCACCCAGCUCGGCCACUCAUGCUCGAUACGGCGGCCCCGGGUCUCCACAUCAUGCGGCCCCGCGUCCUGCCCUCGACCCGCCCUCGCCGCUCUCGCUCCUUUCUGCACAGAGCUCCCAGCCGUACACCCAGCGCAGUAGCGGCGGGACCGGUCAUGGAAUAGGGGAAAACAUCUCGUCCAACGCGCAUACGUUCGGUCAGGCCUCGGCAUUCCCUCCUGUCCGGACGAUACCGGAGUCUGGGCCUAGCAGGCUGUCGGCGUAUGACCCGCUCGCAGGAGAGAUAUCGGACGUGGCGACGCGGGGUUCGGCAUCCCCGUGGGCUGCGAACUUUGAUACACCUCCUUCGUCUGCUGAGAUACGUCCAUCGGGGCGGCCUGCAGGGGCUCAAGGCCAAGGCGCAGCCGUACCAGCUGUUGAUCAGGCGUCCAACUCGUCUUCCCGGACGCGGUCCACCAAGUCUACGAAAUCGGCCAAAUCGGGACGGUCUGCUAGAUCCGCUCAACAGUCGGCGAGCCGAAAACGGACGUCUGGGUCGUCGUUGGCGUAUAGGCUGGCGGAUAUGAGCUGGACGCUGAGACCGACGUCGCCGUGGGAAGACGGAGAGGAGGGGUUACUGGAGGAAGACGAGGGUGACAUCGCGGAUGGAGGGGGACAUGGAGGGGGCAACGGCGGGGUGGAGACACCCACGCGUCCGAAGAGAAAGAAGAGUAUCCGGACUGUUCGCAAAGAGGAGCAGGAUCUGGAUCUCGGAAGAUUGUUGGGAAGGGCGGCGGUGCUAGAGAAGAUACUGAAUGCGGGCAAGAGGGUCUCGAACCAGUCUAUCCGACAUCAGCCCUUCCGCGCUUCCGACACUACCCUCCCUUCCGUCCCUCGUCGCACUUCACUCCAGCGCGCCUUAUCGGCCAUGUCCACCCGCACGAUCGAUACCUCCCAGUCCCACUCGACCCAUCAUUCUAACCCCGAUGGGCAAUUACCUCCGGUUCCACCCAUUCCGCAUUCUGGCCGCUCCUCACUAUCGCUUUCUGUCUCGUCCAGCCUCGGAAAGGCGCGAAUCAGGCUCGCUAGGCGGGUGAGAAGGGACGGAGAGUGGGGUGGGGACGGGUACUCCUCCUUGCCGGGGUCUGAGAGGGGUAGUCGGACACACCUACCGCUGUCUUCUGGACCGGUAGGAGCAGGAGCUGGGGAAGAGCUGGUUGUUCCCUUACCGAGGGACGAUACUCCGCCUCUCCCGCCUAAACCUACCUUCCUCGGGUGGAGGCGGAAUUCCAAUCUCCUCGAGAAAGGCGACGAAGUGCGCGAGACCAUUGGCUGCUUUGACGGACCUAUCCAUCGGCACGGCGAAAUCAUCCUCCCUCCCUCUUGCAUCCCUAUCGGUGCUCAUCAUCCUGAUCAGCUCUCCCCGCUCCGGAACUCCCGAGCCAACCCAGAUAUGGAUCGCCCACUCCCUUCUCGCCCUGUAUCGACAUACGAUCCCUUUGCUUCGGAGCCGGAGAAGGGGGCGUACGUGUAUCGCCAGCAUCCACCCGCUCGGCGGUCGCAGAUGGAAGGGGCGCAGCAAAGGGGUUCGAGGGUGUUGAGUUACGUUUCGACCGGUCAGGCGAGUUUGUCGUCGAGGAGACGAUGGGUGAUUUGGGUGGGGGCGGGGUGUCUGGUAGGACUGGGGGUGGUGACUGCUGUGCUGGCGGGAGUGUUGGCGUCGAGGAAGGAAGGGUAG